AUGAUAAUACAAGAUAUAGAUAAUAAUGUGCUAGAUCCAAAUACUAUAAGUAAGUAUGAAUAUAAACCGCCAUCAAUUGAUGAUAAGAAUGAUCAAAUUAUAAAUGAUUUAUUAAAACCUUCUCAAGAUAUAAAUUGGGAAAUAUUGGAUAUUGUUCAAAAUAAACCAUUGAUUAAUAAAGAUAAGAUUAUAGAUAAAUUAAUAAUAAAUCCUCAAAGUUUAAAUAGAACUAGAUUUAGAUUUAAAAGAUCUGGUAUAGAAGGCACUAUAACAAAUUAUCAAGAAGAAAUUAAUCUAAAUGAUGUAAAUCAAUUAAAUAAUUCAAAUAGUUUAAGUAUUCAGAGAGAUUAUAGUUCAAAAAGUGAAAGUUUAAGAGGUAAAACUAAUUUCUUACCUUUUCAACCAGGUGGGUUAAUUCAACAACAAGCUUCAAAAGAAAAAGAUUCUGAUUCUUCAUCAAAUUUACAUAGAAACGAAUUAGGUUUAUUUGAUAUACCACCAGGUUUUAAACGAGGUUUACAAGUUGGUAAUUCUGAAAAAUUAACGAUUGAUGAAUUGGAUGAAAAUGAAAAUGAAAAUGAAAAUGAAAAUGAAAAUGAAAAUGAAAAUGAAAAUGAAAAUGAAAAUGAAAAUGAAAAUGAAAAUGAAAAUGAAAAUGAAAAUGAAAAUGAAAAUGAAAAUGGAAAUGAUGAAAUUGAAAUGAAAUCGCAUGAUAUAACAAGCAAAAAUGAGUCUCAAAUUAACGAAACUAAAAAGGAAAUACCGUUUGAUACAAAAGAAAUUGAAGGUUUAGUCCCAUUUGAUUAUUCCAAUUUUAAAUAUGAUGAUAAAAAAUUACUAGAUAAACGUACAUGGGCUCAUGUAGUUGAUUUAGAUCAUAAAAUUGAAGAUUUUAAUGAAUUGGUUCCUAAUAUGGCUAGAACUUGGCCUUUUGAAUUAGAUACUUUUCAAAAGGAAGCUGUUUUCCAUUUAGAACAAGGUGAUUCAGUAUUUGUAGCUGCUCAUACGUCAGCUGGUAAAACUGUAGUUGCUGAAUAUGCAAUUGCAAUGGCAAAUAGAAAUAUGACAAAAUGUAUUUAUACAUCUCCAAUAAAAGCAUUAUCAAAUCAAAAAUUUAGAGAUUUUAAAGAAACUUUUAAAGACGUUGAUGUGGGGUUAAUUACUGGUGAUGUUCAAAUUAAUCCCGAAGCACAUUGUUUGAUUAUGACAACUGAAAUUUUAAGAUCUAUGUUAUAUAGAGGUGCUGAUUUAAUUAGAGAUGUUGAAUUUGUUAUAUUUGAUGAAGUUCAUUAUGUUAAUGAUAUUGAUCGUGGGGUUGUUUGGGAAGAGGUUAUUAUAAUGUUACCUGAUCAUGUUAAAUAUAUUUUAUUAUCUGCUACGGUGCCAAAUACCUUUGAAUUUGCAAAUUGGAUAGGUAGAACUAAACAAAAGGACAUUUAUGUUAUAUCAACUCCAAAAAGACCAGUUCCUUUAGAAAUUUUCAUUAGUGCAAAGAAUAAUUUAUUCAAAGUUGUUGAUUCAACUAGAAGAUUUUUAGAACCUGAAUUUAAAAAACAUAAAGAUUUAUUAGAAAGUGGAACUUCUAAAAAAGAAUUACCUUCAACUAUAAUGGGAUCAGGAAGUAGAGGUGGUCCAGGAGGUACUGCAAGAGGUGGGAACCGUGGUGGAAGGGGUAAUAAUGGUAGAGGCAGAGGUGGAAGAGGUGGUUCAAAUUCAAGAGGUAAUUUUCAAGGUCAAAGAAGAAUAGGUCAAGAUGGUCCAAAGAAAAAUACAUGGAUUGAUUUAGUACACUAUUUAAAACUGAAUAAUUUAUUACCUGUUGUUUUAUUUGUAUUUUCCAAAAAACGAUGUGAAGAAUAUGCUGAUUCCUUAAGAGGUAUUGAUUUUUGUAAUGGUAGAGAAAAAUCAGAAAUUCAUAUGUUUAUAGAUAAAGCAGUUGGUAGAUUAAAAAAAGAAGAUCGGGAAUUACCACAAAUUUUAAAAAUUAGAGAAAUGUUAAGUAGAGGAAUCGCAGUUCAUCAUGGUGGUUUAUUACCAAUUGUAAAAGAAUGUAUUGAAAUUUUAUUUGCAAAAUCAUUAGUUAAAGUCCUUUUUGCUACUGAAACAUUUGCAAUGGGUUUAAAUUUACCUACUAGAACAGUUGUAUUUACAUCAAUUAGAAAACACGAUGGUAGAAGUUUUAGAAAUUUAUUAUCUGGUGAAUUUACUCAAAUGUCUGGUAGAGCAGGUAGAAGAGGUUUAGAUAAAACAGGGACAGUUAUAGUUAUGGCUUAUAAUGAUCCAAUAUCUCCAACAGAUUUUAAAGAAGUUGUAUUGGGAGUACCCACUAAAUUAUCAUCACAAUUUAGAUUAACAUAUAAUAUGAUUUUAAAUUUGUUAAGAAUUGAAGCAUUAAAAGUUGAAGAAAUGAUUAAACAUUCAUUUAGUGAAAAUUCAACUCAAGUAUUAUUACCUGAAAAUCAAAAAAGAUUUGAUCAAUUAACAAAAAACCUAGAUACAGUUAAAAUAACACCAUGUAAUAAGUGUGGACUAGAAAAUGUGGAAGAAUUUUGUCAAUUAUUAACUGAAUAUGAAAAAAUUUAUGGUGAAUGUGUUGUAGACAUUCAUAAAUCACCAGUUUUAAAAACUAGAUUAUUAAAGAUAGGAAGAUUAGUUUGUUUUAGAGAUAAAAAUGCAAUUACAAAAAUUGGAUUUGUUGUUAAAUCAGCAGUUGCAAAUGAAGAAGUGGUAUUAUUGACAUUUGAUCAUGGGAAAUAUUAUGAAGAUGAAGUUGCAAAAUACAAAUUACCAUAUUUACCAAUACAUGGGUAUAUGAUGAAUAAUUUUCCUAAAAUUAGUUAUUCAGGUGGGUUAAAAACAGUAGUUGUACCAUUUGAAAAUAUUUCAUUCAUAUGUACAUAUUCAAUUAAAACUUCAAUGAAUGAUGUUUUAAAUAAUGAUUCAAUUGCAAUUCAAGAUGUAUCUAAUCAAAUCAAAUUAAUUACAAAAUAUCAAAAUCAAUUUCAAGAAUUAUCCUUGAAUACUCAACAACAAUUAUCAUUACAUGAUUUAUCAGUAGAAAAGGGGAAAAUAUUUGAUAAAUUAUUUGAUUUGAACUGUUACAAUUGUCCAAAUUUUAGAAUUCAUUAUUCUGAAUAUAGGCAAAAGUAUCAAUUAGUACAAGAAAUUGAAAAAUUAUCAAGAUUAAUAUCAGAUGAGAAUUUAGAUUUAUUACCUGAUUAUGGACAAAGAUUACAAGUAUUGGAAACGUUAGGAUUUAUAGAUGAUCAACAUAAUGUGGUUUUAAAAGGUAGAGUUGCCUGUGAGAUAAAUAGUGGAUGGGAAUUAAUUAUUACUGAAUUAGUAUUGGAUAAUUUUUUGAGUGAUUUUGAACCUGCUGAAAUUGUUGCCUUAUUAUCUUGUUUUGUAUAUGAAGGUAGAACUCAAGAAGAAGAACCACCAUUAAUUACACCAAGGUUAGAAAAAGGUAAAAAUAAAAUAAAAUCAAUUGCUGAAAAAUUACUAAAAAUAUAUGUUGAAAAACAAGUGUUGCUCACUUCAGAAGAGGAAGACUUUGUAAAUAGUAAGCGAUUUGCCCUUGUUAAUGUUGUUUAUGAAUGGGCUGCAGGUUUAUCAUUUAAUGAAAUUAUGCAAAUUAGUGUAGAGGCAGAAGGAACAAUUGUGAGGGUAAUCACAAGAUUAGAUGAAAUUUGUAGAGAAGUUAAAAAUGCAGCGUUGAUAAUUGGUGAUUCUACGUUACAUUUAAAAAUGGCUGAAGCUCAAGAAAAGAUUAAAAGAGAUAUUGUAUUUUGUGCAUCAUUAUAUUUAUAA